AUGGUCGCUUCUCCCAACCAGCUUGAUCGUCUCCCGCAUUGGGUUGAUCACCAGAUUGCUCAUGAAGAGUGCCAUGGAGAAAAGCGAUCAGGUCUCAGCUGUCAGGCUCUCGCACCCUGCACGAGAUGCAGAGAGCUUGGCCAUAGCUCAUGUACAUGUAAAAAGCGUAUAUUAGAUGUUAAUUUAGUAUGUAUAUCACUAUGUAUAUACUAUAUCAUCACGUUGUGGGGUUGUGCAGCUUCAAAAGUGCAAACCGUUCGUAAGGUGGCUCACCCCCUCACCAAACAUGUUAAACCUACGAUUGUUACUUUUCUAACUAUGUCUCUUAAUAUGUCUCCCUAUGUUAAGCCAAACCUAAAUGAGUAA